AGUGUCACUUACCAUGGAUCAAAACUUAGAUGUUGUCCUCCGCGACUUCGAUGGAAAUGUUUUGUCAAUUCUGUUCUCAAACGAAGACUGGGCGGUUUUUCGUUAUGAUGAGACCGUGCCCGAGCGACAUGGGGCUCCUUGUCCUCCGAAUGCAGAAGUCCCCAAACCAGGGACAUACAUACUCCUUCGCCCAGAUGCUACCCCAAUCACUGUCAGUUGGAACACCCUCUCAGCCCGUGUCCGCCACCCAACCAUCUCCAAUACCCCUUCAAGGACAGAGCACUACCGAACGCGAGUCCAUGCUCGUGACCCUUGUUGCCUCAUCUCAGGUCUCCCAGUGAUCAGAGGCAAUUAUAGUCGAUUCAAAGCAGUGCACAUUUUUCCACGCGCACAUGACAUCCAGUGGACUCAUAGAGGCUACCCAAGUCGUAUCACAGAUCCCGCCCCUCUUGCAGAGAAUGUGCUGUUACUGCGUAGCGAUUUGCAUGAUGCAUGGGACAACUACCAAUUUGGUGUCAAUCCUGAUCGUGGCCAUGUUGUCAUCCCCUUCGUUCCUGGCUAUGACGACAUUGCAGGCAAGGUCCUCAAACUGGACCACAUUGGGAACUGGGAUAUGUGCCCCCUCGAUGACCUCUUGUGCGACCACUUUCUCCAAGGUGUCCUGAAGAAUAUGAAAGGUGCUGGUGAGCCCACCUGGGACCACGAGGAUGCGCUUGGGGAUGGUAUGAUGGAUCUGUCGAGGUGGGACAUUUGGGGCGGUACUGCAGGUCAAGAGCACUUGGAGUAUGAGCUAGCUCACAGGUUGCAUAGUGUCCUUGUCGGGGUGUGGAAUGCAAGUUUUCCUUAAUCUCGUUC